AGCGACAGCAGAGAGAGAGAGGGACGGCAGCAGCAGCAGCAGCGGAGGAGAGAGAGAGACAUACUGACACUGACACUACUAACACUAAUGCUGCGGUCUCACUACAUACACGCGUGUGAGAAAGAGAGUGAGACAGAGUGAGAGAGAGUGUCUGUGAGGAAAAUGGACAAUUAACGACUCGGCUGGGAGAGAGACGGAGGAAGACGGUGAUGUAAGAUGAUGACGUUAUGCAGAGUAAACCUGAGGAUCCUGAGAGAUCACCUGACCGCUGCAGCCUCCCCUCAACGACAACACUCCGGGCCGAACCUGACGGACUGAUUUAACAGCUGUCUUUCGUAAUUAUACACACACUCGUUUAUACACGCAUUUCUCCACGUUGUCGAGCAGCUCAUUUCCAGCACUAUGUCUGGGAUGGACUUACUGUCCCGCAUGCGCUCAGCGCUGCGCCGGGAGCGGUCGGACCGGGACUGGAGUGCGACGACCCCCCUGGACGAGGAGCUGGCGGAGGAGGACAGUCCCCGGUUCAACCGGCUGAAGGUGGUGGUCUCUGGAGAAAUGGAGGACUACACGGCGGCGUCCUCCAAUGGCACCACAGUCAACACCUUCCUCACCAAUGGGGACGAUGAUGAUGACUCUCUGCUGGGCCUGUCCUCAGGCUCGGGCAGCCCCGGGGUCACCGCCGCUGAAGCGUGCGAGAGCUGUGCACGGAGGAAAGAGCGACAUAAGCAGAGCCGUGUGAUGAGAAAGCUAGCACUGGCCGCUGUGCUGUACUUCUUGUUCAUGAUAGGAGAACUUGUAGGUGGUUACAUGGCCAACAGCUUGGCCAUCAUGACGGACGCUCUGCACAUACUGACGGAUCUGGUGGGAAUUGUUGUGUCCCUGCUGGCUCUCUGGCUCUCAGCCAAACCACCCACAAACAGAUUCACCUUCGGCUUCCAGCGCCUGGAGGUGAUGUCUGCUGGGAUCAGUGUGCUGUUGAUCUAUAUCCUGACUGGAGUGCUGCUGAAUGAAGCGGUACAGAGAACACUCCAUCCUGAUUUCACCAUUGAUGGAGACGUCAUGCUGAUCACCGCCGCUGUGGGUGUGGCUGUUAACCUGAUAAUGGGCUUCCUCCUGAACCAGUCAGGUCACCUGCACUCUCACUCACACUCCCACGGGCACUCCCACUCGCAGAGGUCAGGGCAUGGUCAUCAGGGGCACGGCAGCCUGGCGAUGCGGGCAGCGUUUAUCCACGCUUUGGGAGACCUGGUGCAGAGCAUCGGGGUUCUGAUUGCUGCUUACAUUGUCCGGUUUAAGCCUGAGUAUAAGCUGGCUGAUCCUGUGUGUACGUACAUAUUCUCUGUGCUCGUGCUGGUCACCACGUUCCGCAUCAUCAGAGACACUGGCCUCAUACUGCUGGAAGGUGUUCCUUGGCACCUGGACGUUAGUGUGAUGAAGGCAGAUUUGCUGAAUCUGGAGGAUGUGGAUGCAGUAGUGGAGCUGAAGUUGUGGGCUCUAACAGCAGAUAAAACGGCAGCUAUUGCACACCUGCAACUCAUGCCGGACAGCUUGGGGAAGUGGGAAGAGGUGCAAGCCAAAGCUCGCCAUGUGCUGAUGAAGUCCCACAGCGUGUCUCACUGCACAGUGCAGCUGCAGAGCCGCAGACAGGGGGCGCCACAGACCUGCUCCAACUGCCUACCGAGUGCCUAAACUUCCACACUUACUGACGUGCACACACACACACACACACAGACACAUGCCCUCGCGCAUCCUCGCAUCUCUCCUUUAUACUGCUACUGUGACAGUGAAUGUGUUGCUAUGCAACAACACAGACAAAGCCAAAGGCAGCAGAGUGACUGUCCCACCAAGAACUUUAAAAAGUUUUAACCCACGUCUAAUGUCCCGAUUUCCCCUCUUUAACGUUUAAAAUACAAUAAUCUCUCUCACUUUUUUGAUAGAAAAACACUUUCAUACAUAUGUGAACAGAAUGGAAUGCACAUUUUCUUGUUUUUGACCACAUUAGGUGGUGAUUUUAUUUUAUUUUGCUGAUCUUUUGCGGUGGCUCUACGUUUUUCAGGGACGUGAAGUCUGUCCAGCUUGUUGUUUACAUGCACAGAUGAGUUUAUUAUGUCAGUAGUGAGAAAUAGGUGAAAAAUCGCAUGCAGGUUUGUCGAUUUUGAUGCAAACAAAUGAAGAACGGAUCAAAUCAAAUUGAUGUGUUUGAUGUGUGUUGAGAGACAGCUUGAGAAAUGUUAUUUUUUGAGCGUGUGAUCAUGGAGAUUAGAUAACAGUGACAGUGUAAGUCUGGCACUUCUGGCUGUAAAGUAAUGAAGCACACUGCAGAUAAUGUCAAACAUGUCUUGGCUGAUCGACUGAUUUUUUUUGCUAAACUGUUCCUUUAAACUGCCUCUGAAUGCUGCUGAGUCUCCAUCUCCACUUGGUCCUCAUCUCAGCCUGAUCUGAGACGGCCAAACUGUAGUCCUUAUAUUAUAGUACUUAGAGUUACUCAGUCUUAGCUAGGAAGGAUGUUUAUGAAGCUGGAUUUCUCAGAAAAUUGAACAGAAAUAACCUGAGGCCAGUCCACAGAAAGCUCUGUACUUUCUUUCUUUCUUUCUGGUUUAUUUGUCAUUUACUUAAAUACCAGUUGACACAACUUAAAAAACUUUAAAUCAUAGGAAUUCUGUAGAUACUAAAUAAUAUUAAUUAGGUCAUAGUCUGUCUGCUAAAAAAAGAGCUAAGAAAAAUUAUUUUAUAGAUUGUAUUGUACAAUUUCUCAUGUAAGUCCUCAUUAUGAGCUUAAAUCAUUCAGAAAAAAAGAGAAAUUCCACUUUGUGAAAUACUCCCAGGGCCGAGACUGAUAAAAUAAACUGACCUAGCUAAGCUGAGCUACAGGUCUAGGUAAACUAGUCUGAUUCUAAGCUAAAAAAAACACAGAAACAGUCAGAGAUUAGGUCAUGCUUGUCCGGCUCUAGGUUAGACUGGUCUUGCUGUACACCAAGCAAGUCUAAUGCUAUGCAAAAUUGCUGGUUUAAAUCCAGGCUAAGUUACUGACUCUGUGCUCUUAAGGUUCAGUUUCGCUAUAAAUAAUAAGCUAUGAAGCCCUGAGCAGAAGAAGCAAGUCCAGCUGUAGGUUAAACUAGUCUUUAGUAAGCUAUGCUGGUCUUGCUCUAAGAUGAAGAAUUUAAUCUAGCGCUAAUCUAGGCUUAGCCUCCAGACAGUCUCCAAACCACCACAACCUCAAACGUCUUUAUUUUAUUUUUUUUUUUGUCAGAUCUGACUUUCCGCAUUUGUUUUCCACAUGUUUCUGAUCGAAAUUGUUGGAAUUCAGUUGUGCAGCAGACAAUCGGACUGCUGUAAAAGAAAAAAAAUCUCAGCCUUCCACUGCGCUCCUCACCGCGCCACAUGAACCUCAGUACCGCAGUACCACAGUAAAACUCUGAUGACCACAGUGCAAUGCAACGGGGUUUGGAGGAGGACGCACGUGCCUUUCCGGAAAACUGCUGUGUGAAUCUCACGUCCACACACACACACUCGACUCCAGUCGGCCCAGAGCCCGCUCAUCAUCACCGCCUUUUUUUAAUUUUCUCCUUUUAUUUAAUGAUUUCAGAAGAAGAAUCUGCAAUGGUUAGUGUAGAUGCUGAUUUAAUAUUAUUUUGCAUAUCACAUAACUUUUCUUAUUUGUUAAUUUUUUGUAUUUUGUUAUUUUAACCAUCGUUCUUUUGAUUUUUUUUGUAAUUUAGUAACUCAUCUCUGAUAAUUUGCACAUUCCCGUAACUUGAACAGUGAUUAAUUAAAGAUUUUGCAGUGUUGGCGUGGUGGAGCGUUUGGAGUGCGUCUGAAAUGAUCAUUUCACCACUCGGAAGCUCCUCGUAACUUGAAAUAAAUCAGUUUUAAGUACGUGCACAAGAA